CCCAGGCUCAUGUAGAUGAAGGAGAUCACGCCUCCAAAUGUCAAAGCCUGGGCCUGAGCCUGGGAGACGUGGGGGGUGCCAGGAGAGCAAGGCAGGGUGGCCCACGAGGUCGACACUGUGCCAGGGGAGGAGGGUGUUCGAGGACACCAGUGCCCAGGACGCUCGGCACAGGUGGUCCCAGGCAGUCCCAUGGUACCUUCAGCACAGGUCCCAGUGCGGGUGCAGGGAGCGGAGGAAGACACGGCACCAGCCCACCUGGGCCUGGCAGGAAGGACAGCAAGGACCAGAGCCACAGGGAAACAGACCCAGAGGCCCAGGUGCCCACCCAGGAAACACAGCUCCUGGUGGCUGCACAGGCUGUGAUUCCUUCCCAGAGCACCAGGGCACCCCAGCCCCAACCACCUCAGUGCCUGCAGGGGUCCAGUAGCAUCCUGGGCAGAGGCCAGCAAGCCAGGCCAGGACACAUCCCAGACGGGCUGACACCCAUCACGCCCGCCCCGUGCUGUUCGCUCCCCAAGGCCCCACCAUCCUCCCCCAGGCCCUUGCCCAGCCAUGCCCCUGCCUGCCAGGGACACCCAGCCCUCCAGUGGCAGCCGUCUACCCUGCCCGGUCUGGGAGAGAAUGCACUGGUUACUCGUUCUCCCAUCAAAGUACUACCCAGGCCCGACCCUGCUCAGCUUCCAAGAUCAGACGAGAUCAGCAGAGCAGUUCCUCACGCCCCGCAUCCUGUGCCCCAGGGCCGGGAGUUAAGCAGACCCGACCUCAUCAUGUGGACCAGCUGGUGGCUCUGGGCCCUGGUGGCCAUGUGUGCUGGGGAAACGUGGCGUGAGCAGGCAGAGAGAAUCAUGCAGCAGACGCCUGUCAUUGAUGGGCACAACGACCUGCCCUGGCAGCUGCUGACCAAGUUCAACAACCAGCUGUACCACCAGGGGAGUAACCUGAGCACCCUGGCCAGCACACACACCAACAUCCCGAAGCUGAGGGCCGGCUUCGUAGGUGCUCAGUUCUGGUCUGCGUACGUGCCUUGUGACACCCAGAACAAAGACGCCGUGAAGAGGACGCUGGAGCAGAUCGACGUCAUCCAGCGCAUGUGUCAGGAGUACCCUGAGACCUUCAAGUGUGUCACCAGCAGCCAAGACAUCCGGCAGGCCUUCCAGGAGGGUAAGGUGGCCAGCCUGGUGGGUGUGGAGGGCGGCCACUCCAUCGACAGCAGCCUGGGCGUCUUGCGGGCGCUGUACCAUCUGGGGAUGCGCUACCUGACCCUCACCCACAGUUGCAACACGCCCUGGGCUGACAACUGGCUGGUGGACACUGGGGAGGAUGAGCCUGAGAGCCAGGGGCUGUCGGAGUUUGGGGAGAGCGUGGUGAGGGAGAUGAACCGCCUGGGCAUCAUGAUCGACCUGGCCCACGUGUCGGUGGCCACCAUGAAGGCUGCCCUGCAGCUGUCCUCAGCACCCGUCAUCUUCAGCCACUCGUCUGCCUACCAGCUGUGUGCCCACAAGCGGAACGUGCCCGAUGAUGUGCUCCAACUGGUGAAAGCCACAGGCAGCCUGGUGAUGGUGAACUUUUACACUGACUAUGUGUCCUGCUCGGCGCAGGCCACACUGACUCAGGUGGCUGACCAUCUGGACUACAUCAAGGCGGUGGCUGGCGCCGAAGCUGUGGGCCUCGGUGGAGACUACGAUGGUGUGACCAGGCUGCCCGUGGGGCUGGAGGAUGUCUCCAAGUACCCAGACCUGGUGGCUGAGCUGCUCCAGAGGAACUGGACAGAGGCGGAGAUCAAGGGCAUGCUGGCAGAAAAUCUGCUGAGGGUCUUCGCGGCGGUGGAGGAGGUGAGCAACCGCACUCAAACCUCACACAAACCCGAGGAAAAACCCAUUGCCCUUGACAAGCUGGGUGAUUCCUGCAGGACACAGUACGGCUACUCGGCGGCCCCCAGCCUCUCCCUCAGGCCAGGUGCCCUCCUGGCCUCCCUGGCUCCCCUGCUCCUCAGCCCACAUCUUCUGUGAUGCCCAGAUGCCAGCAGCCACCAGGACUCCAGGAGUGCAGAGGAGGGGGCUCCUCAGGCGAGGAGCUGGGCCCUGGGAACUGUACCCCUGCACAGGGGCAGCUCCCCAGUGGGCAGCCUGGCGCCUGCACAUGGAGCCCAAUAAAGCCUUGGCCCCCUUACUCCUGA